UUAGCAGAGAAGGGUCGGAUUACAGGUGCAAAGCAAAAUCAUAAAAUGAGUGUCAGGGUAUUUUAUACUGUCAGGCAGUCAUCCCCACAGCCUCCACUCUCCUCCUUUCUACUGUGCUAUCCUAGAAUCCUGGACCCCGGCAACAAUGCCUCUGUUGAAACUUGCAGAAAUUGAUGAUGCAUUACGUAGCUUUGCUGAAAAAGUGUUUGCCUCUGAAGUCAAAGAUGAGGGAGGCCGUCAUGAGAUUUCCCCCUUUGAUGUGGAUGAAAUCUGCCCAAUUUCUCAUCAUGAGAUGCAAGCACAUAUAUUCCACCUGGAGGCCACGUCCACCUCUAUAAAAGACAGGCGAAAAAAACGUUACCAUGGACGGAAGACCAUUAACUUGUCCAUUCCCCAAAGUGAAACAUCUUCCACCAAACUGUCCCACAUCAACGAAUACAUUUCUUCAACUCCAACCUACCAGACUGUGCCUGACUUCCAAAGAGUGCAGAUCACUGGAGAUUAUGCCUCUGGGGUUACAGUUGAAGACUUCGAAAUGGUUUGCAAAGGUCUAUACAGGGCAUUGUGUAUACGGGAGAGGUAUAUGCAGAAGUCAUUUCAGAGGUUCCCUAAAACCCCUUCCAAGUACUUGCGGCACAUGGAGGGUGAGGCUUGGGUAGCAAAUGAGAGCUUCUACCCAGUCUUUACCCCUCCUAUGAAGAAAGGAGAAGACCCCUUCCGAACUGAUGACCUCCCGGAAAACCUCGGUUAUCAUCUCAAAAUGAAGGACGGUAUAGUUUACGUCUAUCCUAAUGAGGCAGCAGCCAGUAAAGAUGAGCCCAAGCCACUCCCUUAUCUAAAUAUGGACACCUUCUUAGAUGAUAUGAAUUUUUUACUUGCUUUAAUUGCCCAAGGACCUGUUAAGACCUAUACCCACCGGCGCCUGAAGUUCCUCUCCUCCAAGUUCCAGGUGCAUGAGAUGCUCAAUGAGAUGGAUGAGUUAAAGGAGCUGAAGAACAACCCCCACCGAGAUUUUUAUAACUGCAGGAAGGUGGACACCCACAUCCAUGCAGCUGCUUGCAUGAACCAGAAACAUCUGCUGCGCUUUAUUAAGAAAUCUUACCAUAUUGAUGCUGACAGAGUGGUCCAUAGCACUAAGGAGAAAAAUCUGACCCUAAAGGAACUUUUUGCCAAAUUAAAAAUGCAUCCCUACGACCUGACUGUUGAUUCUCUGGAUGUUCAUGCUGGACGCCAGACCUUCCAGCGUUUUGAUAAGUUCAAUGACAAAUACAAUCCCGUAGGAGCAAGUGAACUACGAGACCUCUACCUAAAGACAGACAAUUAUAUUGAUGGAGAAUAUUUUGCCACUAUCAUCAAGGAAGUAGGCGCAGACCUGGUGGAGGCCAAGUACCAGCACGCCGAGCCCCGCCUGUCAAUCUACGGCCGCAGCCCUGAUGAGUGGAGCAAACUGUCCAGCUGGUUUGUCCGUAACCGCAUCUACUGCCCCAACAUGACCUGGAUGAUCCAGGUCCCCAGGAUCUAUGAUGUGUUUCGAUCUAAGAAUUUCCUUCCACACUUCGGAAAGAUGCUGGAGAAUGUUUUCAUGCCAGUGUUUGAGGCCACCAUCAACCCCCAGGCUCACCCAGACCUCAGUGUCUUCCUCAAGCAUAUUACUGGCUUCGACAGUGUGGAUGAUGAGUCCAAACACAGCGGACACAUGUUCUCCUCCAAGAGCCCCAAGCCCGAGGAGUGGACAAUGGAAAAGAAUCCAUCUUACACCUACUAUGCCUACUACAUGUACGCAAACAUUGCGGUGCUCAACAGCCUGAGAAAGGAACAAGGCAUGAAUACAUUCCUGUUCCGACCUCACUGUGGGGAAGCUGGGGCUCUCACCCACCUCAUGACCGCGUUCAUGACAGCAGAUAAUAUCUCUCACGGCCUGAAUUUAAAAAAGAGUCCUGUGUUACAGUACUUGUUUUUCUUAGCCCAGAUUCCCAUCGCUAUGUCGCCAUUAAGUAACAACAGCUUAUUUCUAGAAUAUGCCAAAAAUCCUUUUCUAGAUUUCCUCCAAAAGGGACUAAUGAUCUCACUGUCGACAGAUGACCCAAUGCAAUUCCACUUCACCAAGGAGCCCCUAAUGGAAGAAUAUGCAAUUGCUGCACAAGUGUUCAAGCUGAGUACCUGUGAUAUGUGUGAAGUGGCAAGAAACAGUGUUCUGCAGUGUGGAAUUUCUCAUGAGGAGAAAGCAAGGUUUCUGGGCAACAAUUACCUUGAAGAUGGCCCUAUUGGAAAUGAUAUCCGGAAGACAAAUGUUGCCCAAAUCCGCAUGGCCUAUCGCUAUGAAACCUGGUGUUAUGAACUUAAUUUAAUUGCUGAAGGCCUUAAAUCAGGAGACUAAAUUAAAUAAACCAA